AUGACAGAAAACAAGGAACCAGAGCGCAGUAUUGUCGAGGAGCUAAGCUGGAUCAACUGUGACAUUCCAGGCCUAAGAGACUGUGACGGCACUUAUGAUACAUACAAUGACAUCCCGCCAUUGGCCAAUCCAGUUGAGUGUGACCUCAACGAAGUGGAAUCACCAACGGCCUGCUACGUGAUUGAAGGCAAAGAGUACGCAUCCACAUAUCAAGUUGGCGACAUCACCAUGUCAUCAUACUACAACGACCAACAAGACUGCGUCUCAUGGUUCCGGGGCUCGGACGGCCGCGUCUACUACAACUAUGACGGUGGCUAUCGAUUCCAUCUAUGUGCUCGUUCCAAGGCAGAGUUUGACACACGCAUUCAGAUCGAGGCCAAUCUCUGGUUCAAACUAUCACACUCAUCUGGCAGCAGACAAGAUAUCACCAACCUCAAAGACCGACUCACUCCACAAGAAUGGCUCUAUGUCGAGUACUAUCUUGCGAAACAAGAAGCCGCCGAACUACUGGCUGCAGAAAAAGCUGCAGCUGCUGCUGAACUUAAAGCUGCAGAGUCCGCAGCUGUUGUAUCAUCAACAUAA